AUGGGCAGCAGCUUUAACAUCUCCACGGGGCGCGGCGGCGCGGGCAAUAUGGUAGUCUCGUCCGAAAAACCCUCGCCCAAAAUCAUACCCCAGGGUUCGCAGACCCCGAACAUCCUGCAGCCCGUGUUCAGCACAGGCCGCGGCGGCGCGGGCAAUAUGUACAAAAACGUCGACACCAAGCUGACGCGCAAGGCGCAGGACGUGGACGAAAUAUCAAUCGCACCUGAGGACGACGUGAUCAAGGCCGUGGAAUCUCCGCUGAGCCUCGACCAGGGCCGCUCCGCGCACUCGGGUGACGCGCAGAAGGGCGGUCUGCGGCCCAAAAAAAGCAGGUCAGAGCAUCCGCAGACCGUCAGCAUCGGCAGAGGAGGUGCCGGCAACAUACUCUCGCCGUCCAACAGCCGGAAAUCUGAGCGUGGCUCCAAGAAGUCCGGCAAGUCAGGCAAGCAGUCCAAGCCCGGGCUGUGGUCAAAGGUCAAGGGUUUUUUCGCAUAG